AUGUCAUCACAUAAAGGUGCUUCAAUCGUCACAACAAACACAAUAAAACAAAAAAAUGAAAAAGACGCUACAAGACUUAAUUUGAAAUUUAAUGAACUUGAUGAAAUGGUGGAUUCUCAAAUCGUUUUCGAAUUUGGUGGACCAUGGGGAGUUACCGCAAUGAUGAUCGGCUUUCCCAUUCUAAUGUAUUACUUAUGGGGAUGUCUACAAUUUUAUCGCGGGAGAUUGGAGUCACCUUUGAAUGAAAAAUUAUGGACAUCGAUAAUACAAGGCUCAAUGCCAACUUUUUAUGCAGCUAAAAUCUAUAUAACAUUUUGCGUUUUUGAAUUUUUUUUGGCUUAUACUAUGCCAGGACCUAUAGUUAAGGGAGCACCUGUUUCUUCAUUGAAAGGAAGACAAUUGGAUUAUCUUUGUAAUGGAGUUUGGUCAUUUUAUGUGACCAUUUUUACAUCAUAUCUACUUCAUCAUUAUGAAUUGUUUAAAUUGACAGACAUUAUUGAUAAUUUUGGACCUUUGAUGAGUGUAGCAAUAAUUUUUGGUUUCUUGAUUACAUUUAUUAUUUAUGCUGUUACAAUAUUUCAAGGUGAGCAAUAUCGUAUGUCAGGAUAUUUGAUGUAUGAUCUUUUUAUGGGAGCUGCUUUAAAUCCUAGAAUUGGAAAAGUAAUUUUAUUUUAUAUUUCGGUAUCUGCUGCUAUUAAAGAAUAUGAAAUGUUUGGUUAUGUCUCAUCAUCUAUGGCAUUUAUGGUACUUGCACAUUUCCUAUAUGUGAAUGCAUGUAUGAAAGGUGAAGAAUGUAUUCCUACAACUUGGGAUAUGACUUAUGAAAAGUUUGGAUUUAUGCUUAUUUUUUGGAAUUUUGCUGGAGUGCCAUUCACAUAUUGUUACUCUACAUUAUAUCUUCACAUCUCAAGUGUUGAUAAUGGUCAUCCAAUUACUCAUUCAUCAUUUUGGACAUAUUUUUGCUAUGGAAACCUAUUGCUUACAAGCGGAUGGUGGGGAAUUGCACGUAAAAUUCAUUAUACAGCAGAUUUGUUGAUGGCUUUUGAUUGGGGGUUCAUCACUGGAUUUAAUACGCCCAUUCCAUUUUUCUAUCCAGCUUUCUUUGUUGUUGUAUUAACUCAUCGUGUUACUAGAGAUAUGGAAAGAUGUUCCAGGAAAUAUGGAAACGACUGGCAAGAAUAUUGUAAACGUGUGCCAUAUAUUUUUAUUCCUGGAAUCUAUUAG